AUGUACAGAAGCAGUAACGAUGUCGACAACGACGACAGCAACGGCAAUGACGACGACGUCGACGACGCCGACAAUAGCGAUGACGGCAAGGGUGACGCCGGAAACAGCGACGGCGCCGAUGCCGACAAUGUCAAUGACAACCCUGACGACGCCGAUGUUGGAGACGAUGCCGACGAUAACGACGACGGUGACGAUGACGCCGGAAACAUUGACAAGAGCGACGGCGUCGACGCCGACAACAUCGGUGACGAUCCUGACGACGCCGAUGCUGGAGACCCAGUAAACAAGAAAUCAUUAAUACAAUAUUGUUACAAUGAUAUGACAGAACUUAUAAUGUUGUCCAAGGAUGAGGAUGUGGACGCGGUCAAGGACGAGGACGAGGACGAAGACGGAGACGAGGAAGAGGACGCGGAUGAGGACAAGGAGAAGGACAAGAACAAGGACAACAAGGACAAGAACAAGGAUGAUGGCAAAGAAGAGUAG